AUGUCAGUUGUGCAUCCACCAAAGAAUGAUCAAUAUCCUCGUCUCAACGCACUUAUCGCCGAGGCAAAGCAGAAGUCACCGUUCUACAGCGAUCUCUACAGAGAUAUGGUGACUACAGGCCAGCUAACUCCAAAAGACGUCCCUCUGAUCGAUCAUACCAAGUACUGGGCGGCCUAUCAUGACUCCGAACGUUCGGUUAUGACCUCCUGCCAGAUCGACGGCAUUCUGAUGAAGACAGGUGGCACUACUGGUAUCCCUAAGUUUACCAGCUACUCUCAGAUAGAGCUACUUCGGACUGCGUCCCUCCUGGCAGACGGACUUCUCCACGCAGGUCUGCGUGCAGGUGACAGAGUCGGCAAUCUCUUUUAUGCCGGAGAUCUCUAUGGCUCAUUUCUGUUGCACAUUUUGAGCGUUAUUUCUCUGCCUAUACCUGCCAUCCAGAUACCAAUCGGAGGCUUGAUGGCGCCCGAUGUUACUGCUGAGCUUCUACGAACAUGCCGUGUAACGGCCGUGCUCUCAACCAUAACAUCGUUGGUCCGUCUGGCCUCUUAUUGCCGCCCCAAGCAAGAAAGGUUCCCAUCAGUGACGGCUGUCAUGUUUGGUGGCGAGCCAAUGUUUGAUGAUCAAGUCUCUGCGGUGGCUAACCUCUUCCCUAACGCCACUAUACACAGCUGUAUAUAUGGCUCGAUAGAUGCUGGUGUCGUCGCCGUGUCUGCUGGAAGACCAGAUCCUGCAGAGCAUAUUGUACUCUCAGCCGCAGCCAUAGUUGAGAUCCUCGUCGAUAAAGAUGGUGACCUUGUUCCGACUGAACAACCAAAUAUCCCCGGAACACUCGUUGUUACCAAUUUGAUCCGAGACCUGACACCCGUCAUUCGUUAUCCAACGGGGGAUCGCGCAGAGUGGGUUGAUAAGUCAACCUUCCGUCUUCUUGGCCGUAACAACCAUGCCGUUCGAUUAGGUCCUGUUUCUCUAGACAUAUCGCAUUUGCGUCAACUGGCUAGAGCUGUUUUGAAGACUGUGGCUAUAGAAGCUUUCCAGGUAGUAGUCACCCGUCAAGAUUCGAAGGAUGCUAUGUAG